UCACGACGAAGAGAUUUUUGUGUUCGUUGCUGGGGACAACCGCCGGUCAAGAAGGACGACAAUUGCGUCAAACGGUUGACGUGGUUGACACCGUUUUGUGGAUCUACCUACAAUGCCCGUGAAGGCACAUGUCUAUAGAUUUUUGAAUGGGCAGGCCACAUCAUGUCGGAUGGUCGUCUCGCCUCGACCAGGCAAGCAAGUAACGUUGGGGACAGAUUUCUGAAGAUGGAACGGGAAACAAUACGCGCCGAAUCCAGUGGCACUCGAAUUGUUGCUUACAUAACAACCACGCUUUUUGCACGAGCCCUCCACUCCUUCCCCAUCACCCCCCGCAAUGUCGCGCGUUGGGACUCGGUCUCGCCAGCCUAGUCCCACAGGGACCUCCUUCUCCGGAAUCUCCAACUAUCGCACAGAGUCCUUCCGUCGGGAUCGUGACAAGAAUGUUCCUCCUGUCCCGCCAAUCGACUACCGUGCGGUGUCAGAGGUGCACUUCAACGAGCUCGACCGAUACCUGGCUGCGUAUCUUGCACGGGCUGCACCGAAUUCGCGCACGUCGGCCCGACAGAAGCUUACUCGCUUGACUAUACAGCAAUUCCACGAGUUGUCCACCGACGUUUACGACGAGCUUUGCAGGAGGAAGAACGAGACACAGAUUCCGUUCCUGCCUGUGCGGGAGGAGUUCCACCCUAAGCGAAAUCAAGCGCGACAGAAGCUCGCCACUCUCCCUGUCUCUCGUUUUGAAGAUCUCUCCAGUGAUGUUUACUUUGAGCUAGGCCGACGGUAUCCCGAGUUCAAGGAAAAUCCCUCUGGCGGCGUCACUCCAGGCUCAAACUACGACGACCAGCCCGUAUCGGACUUUCCUAAUAACUCAUCUUCCCGAGGCAAUGGGCGCACGUCAACCGAUCGUCCUGGCGACAGCGGUUACGGCGGCAGCAUAAGCAGCCGCCGCCCAUCUGAGGAUCGACGUAGGCCGAGCGAAGAUUAUCAGACAGGGCGAAGAAGCGCCACGAGUGGCGACGACAGCAGCAAUGCAUAUACCCCCAGCGCUAGCUCUCGCAGGAAACCCUCUCAAGAUAUCACACGGCGUUCAGAGGAUCGGGAGCGUGAACGCGAACGGGAUCGAGAUUAUCGCGGUGGGCGAGGCGGAUCGAGCAUCAGCGGCAUGAGCGAUUCGAGUAAUAUGACUGCCCAGCAGCAGCAGAGCACGACAUCAACCAUCAUCCCCAACACGUCCACGAUUGAGGAGGAGUACAUUGAGGUGCCUUAUGGGCGAGAGGCUCGUGAAAGUGCUGCUUCCACCACGUUCAACGACGACCGGGACCGUAGAGACGCCGACCCGGAACCCCCAGACACAGCGAGUGACUAUCCGCUGAGUCCCCAGAGCCCACCGGGCGGUUUGAGUGGGCUGGGUGCCAGAUUGCUCAAGGAGGAUAGCGGUGAAGAAGACUACGAUAACGCGAAGUUUGGGCGCAGCAGUGUUACAUCUGAUAGGGAGCGUGAUCGAGGGCGCGGCAAUAACGAUGAGAUGGACACGCUACGGCGCGACUACGAACUGCAGAUUGCUACGACGACGACCCAGAUAUCAAUCAUCCAGCGGGAACGCGACCAGGCCAGGCAGGAAGCCAGUGAACGGGAUCGGCAAUGGCAGGAUUCCGAGGUCCGUCUGCAACAGGUGGAGGACGAACUGGCUGGGGUCCGUCGUCAGGCUGAGGUGCAGAUGGCUGAGAUGAUCGCGCUGCAGCGGGAAUUGGACGAGUUGCAGAGCGCUCGACAGCGUGAACAAGAACAGGCUCAGAAGGACGAAGAAGAGAUUCGGAGCCUGCGGGAGCGUUGUGAGGAGUUGGAGCAAGGCCAAUCGGGCGGCGGCGGUGCCGACCCUGAGGUGGUCGAACAACUCCGCGAGGAUAUGCAGGGUCUGCUCGCAGAGUUGGGAGACUUGUCCAGCCAGAACGACGAACUGCUGUCCGCCAAGGACGCCGAUGCUCUUAUGAUUCGGGAUCUCGAGGCGCAAGCGAAAGACUAUAAACGCAAAUACGAACAAGCCAAGACGGAACUACGCAGUUUCAAAGCGACGUCGCAACUGUUCAUUCAAGCGCCAAAGAUGGACCGCCCGGAAGACCAACUGCCUGUUUCUGCCGACGGAGGUGUGCUGGACGUCCAUAUCACUGCAUUCUUGUCGUCUGUGGACAGCUUGCUCACAGCAGGACGAUCAAAUGCGCCUACUCGGGUGCUCGCACCGAUGAAGGCCGUGGUCAAUGCGGUGUCAGCCAUCGUCGACGACAUUCGUGCAUUUGAAGCGCGCCCAUCGCGUGAUGUUGAUGAUGAUACACUCGCGUCGCUGCGAGAUCGAGCGGAGGCCACGCUCAGCAAUCUGGUGACUGCUACGAAAACACAUGCGACGAGUUCCGGAAUGUCGCCUGUCAGUUUGUUGGACGCCGCCACCAGUCACGUAGCCGCGACGGUUACGGAAAUUGCGCGAAUGAUCGCUGUGCGGAAGUCGACUCGUGCAGAGCAGGAACUGGCUAUGCCUGCGACGCCGGUGUCGACUCUGCGGACGAUAGAGGAGAACAAGCCGUCUCAGACACAUCAGCGUAGACCGAGUGCUGCGACGUCGACCACCACAUCACCCACUUCGACUCGCAACGGGCCACGAGUGGCACAGCGGAGUCCUGUGUCGCCGAUUUCCCCGAGACGUCGACCGCCAUCGGAGAACUCGAGCUCGGAGACCACAAACUCGCCACCCCCGAUAUUCGACCAGCCAUCUAAUAACGACCCGGUGGUUGCUGAUGGAGCGGAAGAUGCAUGGGCUGAGCUCAAGCCAUAUCUAGAAGCGCAGAGCGAGUCAAUCGUGUAUGCGAUCCAGAGUGUGCUGUCCGGGGUCCGGAGCCCCACGCCAUCUCCGACGCUGAACGAGAAUCUGACUCAAAUCAUCACGAUAGUGUCGAGUAUUGUGGCUGUGUGCAACGAUAAUCUCCCGCCGGCGUCUGCUCAGCAGGGCAACGACAUUCUGCGCGAACUCGGGGACCAUGCGAACCGGCUCAGCGAGGUCCAGGCGCUGCCUGAAGUGACGAAGGAUUCGCGGCAGGUGAUGGCCAAGUCGAGCUUUGCGAUUGCCAAUGCCAUGAAGGGACUAAUGAAACUCGACACUCGAUUUCCAAUUCCAUCGUUUUCCGGGGGCACUGGCAUGUCUCCACCGCGGUCAGACACGAACGAUUGGUAUCUGCAGCAAUGAGACACACGUCACAG